AUGAAUUCGCACGACUACAAGAUUCAACCGCUACAGCGCUUCUCCGGCUCAAACGCGGCCAUUCGACGUCCCAAGGAGAUUGCCUGUUUUUCCUAUGAUCGCGAACACAACUUCCGACUGGAUGAAUCCUCCUUGAGUUACUACUUUCCACCGCUACCGUCGCAAAUGCCCGCGGACCUGAACGAGGGCUUCGAAACGUUUCAAAAGCUAGAUGAUUCCGGAGAUGAGCAUCUGGAUGCCCUUUUGGACACCGUUGUCGCGCUGGAAGAGAAUACAGGGUCGAAAUGUGAAGCUGAUAUUAUUACGUGGAGAGGUAUGAUGACAAAGAUCAUGACAGCUCCAUUUGAUAUGUUGAAUGGGUUCGAAAUGAAUGCGACAUAUUUCCAGGGAUCAAUAUUCAUCGAGGAGAACAACGCAUAUAAGAAUGCGCAGAAGGAGGUUCAGAGAAAUCAACGGCCACAACCCGGGAUGCCCUCACAAGACGUUAUGGCAUAUUGGGGAUACAAAUUCGAGACCCUCGCGGUCAUCCCAGACACUUGGGAUGCCACACCUCGAGAAAAGAUCGAAGGCCGAGUUCAUGAAGUCGUAAACAAUAAAGCUCAAUAUUGCUCCGUGGUUCGAACCGGCAUUGGAAAGACCAAGUUGGUAAUUGGUGGCGAAGUCGAUGCCAUUUGGGAUUCGAAACCCGCCCGGAAAGAAGAUCCCAUCAAUUGGGUUGAGUUGAAGACGACUUCGGAGCUGUUCAAUGACAAGGAAAAGCUCAAGUUCGAGCGGAAACUGCUCAAAUUCUGGGCGCAGUCUUUCCUCCUUGGGGUUCCAAGAAUCAUCGUGGGAUUUCGUGAUAGGGCAGGAAUGCUGUUGCGGCUGGAAGAGAUAGAAACCCACACAAUACCCGGCAAGGUCAAGAGAGACGGAAGAGGAAGUUGGGAUGGAAAUGUUUCCAUCAACUUCACUGCUGCGUUUCUAGAGUGGCUCAAAACUGUCGUCAAUACCGACGGUACAUGGCGAAUUCGCAAACGGGAAAAAUCGCCGGUCAUUGAAGUCUUCAAGCUCGAGGAAAGCGGCCAUGGCGACAUACUCUCAUCCAAGUUCAGAGAGUGGAGGAUGAAGCAAGAAUAG